UUGUGGUAUUGUGUUGUGUUUUCAGGUUCCUUUCGUAUCAAGCAAAGUAAUUGCAACUUCCGGUGUGUUUGUCACGGGAGCAUGUUCCGUCUUGUUUGGCACGUUGAAUCUUAGCCCACCUGGAACACCAUUCAUUGCUCUAGCCUUUGCUGUUAGAAUCGUGGAAGCUUUCGGAUCGGCGUCUAUUUUUACUGUUGGUUACAGUAUUGUUGGAAACGAAUUUAAUGAUCGCCGAGCAACGGCUUUGGCCACCUUGGAUAUGUCCUUUGGUGUUGGAAUAAUAAUUGGACCAUCAAUCGGAGGAGUGCUUUAUCAGGUAUUUUAAUGGUUACAUG